CCGCCCACCAGCCCUUUCCCGGUGCCAAACGGGCGUCGUCUCUCCCCUUCGGCAAACAGUCUCCUCCUCAGCCUGGUGGUGGUCGCACAAGCCUUUCACAGCCCUUCGUUCACAUACAACCAAACAUGCCGGGCCGCAAUAAGGAGCUCGAGGCCGAGGUGAUGGCGUGGGUAGAGGCCGUCCUUGGCGAAAAGCUCCCCCCAGGCAACUUCGAGGACGUGUUCCGCGACGGCGUCAUCCUCUGCAACCUCAUCAACAAGCUGCAGCCCAACUCGGUCAAGAAGAUCCAGACUUCGGGCGGAUCUUUCAAGCUCAUGGAGAAUAUUCAGAGGUUCCAGGAAGCCGCGAAGAAGUACGGCGUCCCUCACGAGGAGAUCUUCCAGACAGCGGAUUUGUUCGAGAGACGAAACAUACCUCAAGUCGUCCUCUGCAUUUACUCGCUCGGCCGCCAGACGCAGAAGCACCCCGAGUACCAGGGGCCGACGCUGGGGCCCAAGAUGGCGGAAGAGCAGAAGCGGGAGUGGGACGAGGACCAGCAGAGGUUGAUGCGGGACGGCCAGAUCGGGCUGCAGAUGGGCUACAACAAGGGGGCGAGCCAGGCUGGGCAGGGGGCCAUGAACCAGACGCGUCACAUGUAAGAAGGAAGGAAAGAAGGAAGGAAGAAAGGAAGAAGGGCGUUCUCAUUUCCUUACGUCGUCAUUCUCAUCGUCUUCGCUUUCUUUUUUUCCCUCCUGUGACGGUCUUCCCCAGCUCCACCUCCUACUUUUCGUUUCGUGAUGUCUUUGCUUAUUUGAUCUGUCCUUCCUCCUUUUCCUUCUUUGUAUAUUUUUCUUCCUCGCCCUCUCUAUCUAUUCUUCUUCGUCCUCUCCCUCCUCCUUCACCUCUUCCUUUGCCCUUUCCUCCGAUGAUCGUCUAACCCCAUUAGCAUUUUCAUGGCGCAGUCUCUCAUUAUUUAUAUUUCUUCAAAUUCCUCCGUAAUAUUUAUUUUCCUUUUUGGUUUGUCUUAGACCCUUUCCUUUACUUGUUCCCCUUUUCUCCCUUCUCCGUUCUCUUCAUACACCCUUCUCUCUCAUUUGAACAUUUACCUUUUUCCUUUAGAUUCGAAAGCUGUAUCUCCUUAUGUAAGAAGUCAAAUCUGCCUUUAUUUUCGUCAAUAAACUUUCACAUUAACUUUCCUGUCAUUAUUUCACAUUAUUUGGUCUUAAAGAAAGAACUCAGAAGGAAAGCCACUACCAGGACCUCUUAUUUUUACCUUAUGUAGGCCUAUUCCAGAUCUCUCUCUCUCUCUCUCUCUCUCUCUCUCUCUCUCUCUCUCUCUCUCUCUCUCUCUCUCUCUCUCUCUCUCUCUCUCUGUCUACUCUUCUCUCCCCAUUCCUCUAUACGUGAAAGCCAAAAGGUCUGACAUACAUCUGAGUCUGGUGAGAGGAAAGCGAAGACAAAGGGUCUCAUUAAGAUUAUCUUUCUUAAUUUCUUUCUCUCUUCCUUUAAUUUCUUACAAACUCUUUUCCUGCCUUACAUAGUUUCUCAAGAUACCUGAGUCAUGCGUCUUCUUAACGACUAUCGGGAAAAAUGCCAGCUUAUGCUUAAUGAUGGAAGUUGUGAGGUAUCCCCUUGUGACCCCCACCCUUCGUAUUUGCAUAGGGAAUGAGUGUCUUGUUUUACUAGUCGAAUAGAAGCCGAAUUAUUAAGCUAGUGUCCCUCUUUGUGUUGAUAUGUUAUGCCGAGUCUGUGUUUUGUUUAAAUCAUGAUGGUAUUAAAAGAAUUUUAAAAGA